UACGCAUGUGUUGUUUACAACAAGUAGACCUAUUUCCGACAAACUUGACAAGAUUCCUUUGGAUGACUGACAUAAUGUGUAGUUGUGUGUUAUAUAUGUCUUUUCAAUAGAAUUUGAAAGAUAAAAAUGUCUGCACGGAGCAGUAGUAGAAGUAAGGCUCGUGGAGAAGAUGUGAAUCUUAGCCUCACUGGCUCACAAAUAUCCUCCAUCAGAAAGUCCUCAUCUAGCAGGCAGUCCAAUCUUCCUGGUGAUAAAAAGGGACCAAACAAGGAGACAUCACGGAGUAGUACACAUCCGAAGAAAAAUUCUGGAGAUGCACCCAACUUGAGUGACAGAAGUCAAAAGAGUGCUGUGUCUGCAGUGAGUAGAGCCAGCAGCAAGAAGGGCAAGUCACCAGGGGAGGAUUUCUUGGCUCUGUUUGAGACAUCCAUGCAGCCCAAGAUAAAAUCAGCAUCAAAGCAAAAGCAGCCUUCACCAAAUGCAGUCAAAGUUCUCUGGCAAGAAGCACCUCAUAAGGGUGAGCUAGAUAGCCAGAGAAGUACCAACUCCACCCAGAGGGUCAACAAUGGUGGCAGUGGUCUCUUGUCACCUACCAUGCAACAGAACUUCUUUCAGCCGAGUAGUAUUCACAGUAGCUCAGACUCAGAUGAUGGCGGUAUACUGUCAUCAAGUCUGAAUAAAAUACAGUCACUUCAGCGUAAGUCUCAUGCAGCAAAAUCUGAUAGUUUUAAGAACAAAAAGCCUAAGGAGAAAACAAGACCAUCUCGUGUGAAUACCACUGAUUCUGCUGUCAAUCAUAUGAAUGGAGUAAAUGGUAUAGCAAACAAUAUGGUUACAUCUGUGAAAUCACCAAGGACAAAAGCUUCUUUGUCAAGUAUAGAGAAUUCCUAUCAGAACAUAAAGCACAAAACACCAGUGAAUCAGGUUAAGGAAGGCUUAGCCAAUCAUAGAUUUGUAAGUUCAACAGAGGAGUAUGUACAAACAUUGACAUCUGCAGCAAUCAAAAUACAAAGGUGGUACCGCAAAAUUUGUGUAAGGAGGAAAAGGAAUGAGGCUGUGCAAAUGGCGGGAGAAGCAGCGAUCAAAAGACUUUUAGGGAAGAAGAAAAAAGACAUUGAAGAACACAAAUUAGAUCUGGACUUUCUGGAUGAAGAAGAUAGGAAAAUUGAGGAAAGAAGGAAGAUUAGGGAUGACAAAGCAAAACAGGCACGGCAGCAGGCAAUUCAGGAAUUACAAAAGAAGAGGGAAGAAAAGAGAGAUGAAGUGAAACAGAAAGCAGAGGCAGAAAUAUCAUAUUUACAAGCAAGUGGCAAAAUUACAAAGACACCUGCAAAGGCCAAUAUUGGAAGAAAGAAAUCUCCUACAAAAAGUUUUGGUAAUACACUGAAAGACAAUAAUGUAGAUCGAGAUGCACAGGCAAAUGGAAAGUCUGCAAGGUCUGCAAUAUCAGAUGUGAAAACUAUGUCAGCACGCUCUCAAGAAGGGAGUGAAGAAUUUAUUGAGUCUGCAAGUAGUGUUAACCAGAUGGACAGCAGCCGUAACAGUGAUACCCACACCUUGACUGAGCGGAGUCAGGGGUAUAAAGGGCCUGAUAGCGAGGUCACUAACAAGUCCACACUCAAUGACCUGUUAGAGACGCUGAAGAAGCUUGAGGAAGAGGAACAUUUGGUCACACCUAAGCCAGAGAAGAAGAAUGCCUGGUUGGAUGACUUGGAGAAAGUAGCCCAGUCCAGUGAGAAGGAUGUUGCCUAUUUGACUGCUGAUAAACUCCAGGAGUUGAACAGACCGAGAGACGGAGGUGCUGCCAGUGGUUACCUCAGUGAUGACAAGCUCAAAAGUAUCAUGUCCUUCCUUGAUGAAGUACAGGUCGCUGACAGAAUCAGUGCUGUAGAACAGGAGAUAAGUAAGGCAUCAGAGGACUUUGACCGACCAGUACCACUUGUACCCUCUGUAGACGAGCUUGCUGAACUUGAACACGCUCAGGAAGCUGCUAACGAAGUAACUUCCACAGUGUUGUCACAGCGACUAGAACUUGAUGAGAAAAAAAGAACAGUUAGCAUGCUACAGAAAGCUCUAAACCAGCAGCGUGAAUUAACAGUCAGACAUGCAAAGGAAACAGACAAAGAAAUGAAAAAAAGGCUUGAAAUACAAAAGGAUGAAUAUGAAGAGGCUAUAAAACGACAUCUCUCAUUCAUUGAUCAGCUGAUUGAUGACAAAAAAAGCUUGAGUGAGAGGUGUGAACAACUAGUAAAGGAGUUGAAGACUGUGGAUCGGAAAUACCAGGAUAAGUUUAGGAGCAUGGAUGACAAGCAUUCAAUUGAGAUGAAGAAAUUAAAAGACAUGCAUGAAGCUGCUGAAAAGCUUAGAAGGGAGAGAUGGAUUGAAGAUAAGACUAAAAAAAUAAAGGAGAUGACAGUGAAGGGACUGGAGCCAGAGAUACAGAGGCUGAUAGCCAAACACAAAAAUGAGUUCAAGAAGAUGAAACAGAUCCAUGAGGCAGAGUUGCUUGAAUCUGACGAGCGUGCUGCCCAAAGAUAUGUAAAGAUGACCGAGGAACUCCGAGACCAGCUGGCACAAGAGAAGGAAGCAGCAUGUGCACGAGAGAGGGAACUGGCCAAACAAAGAUAUGAGAAAGAGCUACAAAAUGAAGAGGAAGCAUACCAGCAGCAGCGUCGGCGGCUAUACACCGAGGUUCAGGAAGAGAAGGACCGGGUUGCCCAGCAGGCUUCGCGCCAGAGGACUGAUCUUGAUAAGCUACAGCGACAGCUUGAGGAUAGCCACCGACAUGCACUCAAUGCCAUGAAGUCUGAGUUUGAAAAGGCCAGAGAGGAACAAGAACGGAGACAUAAUGAGGAAACAACAGAUAUAAAAGAGAAGGUUAAGAUCGAAAAGGAGCAGUGGGAGGAGAACUAUCGUAAAAAACAGGAUACCUGGAUCAUGCAGAAGGAGCGUGAACUUAGGGAUCAAGUGAAGCGAGACCGGGACAAGGAGAUUGAGUUGGUUAUCUCUAGACUCGAGGAUGAUGCCACUUCAUCACGUGAAGAUUGUGAACGAACUGCAGAAAACAAGAUCAAGAGAAUACGAGAAAAAUAUCAAACAGAGAUGAAGGAUUUGGAACGAUCUGAAAUGCAAGCUUUAGAAAAAUACAAUGAAAUGAAGGCAAAACUAACUGAAGUUGAAGGAGAAAAUGAAUGCCUUAAAGUGUAUUUAAAACAAAAAGAUCAAGAAAUUGCCCAACUACAGCAACUGACAGAUAAAAUGCACAAGGAGAGAGAUCGUGUCUCGGACAUUAUAAGACAGGAAUUUGCUGAUCGACUUGUAACCACUGAUGAGGAAAACCGUAGAAUUAAAAAUGAAAUGUCUGAAAUGAAAGCAAGGCAUCGUAUUGAGCUGGACAGAGCCAAAGAUCAAAUAGAAGAGGUCAAGAAACGCAAGGAUGAUGAAAUGGAAGAAGUACAUAAAAGGGUGAAGCAGGCUAUUGUGAAGAAGGAAGAGGUGUUGAACCAGGUGCGACAGCAGUACCAGGCUUCACAAAAAAGGGCAGACCAUCUGGAGGGGCUACUACAGCAACAGCGCAAACAGCUCCUCAACAAAUGACAUGUCCAACAUCUAGCUGCAAGGAACAUUUUGUUGUGUAGACAAAUUGUGUAGAUUUAGUACAGUAGCUGUACAUUAUCUAAUGUUAGAGUGACUCUCCUAUUAGUUAGAGCAAAAGCAUCUCUGCUUAGUUGGAAUAAGGUACUAUAACACAGACAGAAAACAAUGCGCUGAUGUGUCACACAGACAACAAACAUUUGGCUGAGGUGUCAUAUAGACAACAAACAUUUGGCUGAGGUGUCAUAUAGACAACAAACAUUUGGCUGAGGUGUCAUAUAGACAACAAACAUUUGGCUGAGGUGUCAUAUAGACAACAAACAUUUGGCUGAUGUGUCACACAGACAACAAACAUUUGGCUGAGGUGUCACAUAGACAACAAACAUUUGGCUGAGGUAACACAGACAACAAACAUUUGGCUGAGGUGUCACACAGACAACAAACAUUUGGCUGAGGUGUCACAUAGACAACAAACAUUUGGCUGAGGUGUCACACAGACAACAAACAUUUGGCUGAGGUGUCACACAGACAACAAACAUUUGGCUGAGGUAACACACAGACAACAAACAUUUGGCUGAGGUGUCACACAGACAACAAACAUUUGGCUGAGGUAACACACAGACAACAAACAUUUGGCUGAGGUGUCACACAGACAACAAACAUUUGGCUGAGGUGUCACACAGACAACAAACAUUUGGCUGAGGUGUCACACAGACAACAAACAUUUGGCUGAGGUGUCACAGACAACAAACAUUUGGCUGAGGUGUCACAGACAACACACAUUUGGCUGAGGUGUCACGUAGACAACACACAUUUGGCUGAGGUGUCACAUAGACAACAAACAUUUGGCUGAGGUGUCACACAGACAACAAACAUUUGGCUGAGGUGUCACAUAGACAACAAACAUUUGGCUGAGGUGUCACACAGACAACAAACAUUUGGCUGAGGUGUCACACAGACAACAAACAUUUGGCUGAGGUGUCAUAUAGACAACAAACAUUUGGCUGAGGUGUCACACAGACAACAAACAUUUGGCUGAGGUGUCACACAGACAACAAACAUUUGGCUGAGGUGUCACAUAGACAUUUGUAAUCACUUGCAGGUCCAUUCUACCUAUAAGAAACACCGAGUGAAAUGUUGGGACAGCAGAUAUCAGUGUAAAGCUAAUACUGAGUUGAGGUGUUUCAUUGACUACUGAAUGUAUGCAACCUCUGUUAUAAGUAGCAGUAUAUAAAAGACAGUAGAAUGCCAAUUAACUUGAACCCAGGUUACCUUAACCUUCAACUAUGAUAAUCUUGCUCACAAAUAAUACAUAGCUUACUUUAUUGCUCUGUGACUGUAUGUGACAGCUAAUUCAAAUUAUGGAUUUAUCUUGUUGGGAUCACAUCAGUGCAUUUCUACUGUAAACACUGGAGAAAUGUGAUAGAAACAUGAUUGACUAGGGUAUGAUGUAUAUGAUAAAAUGUAUUAACUUUUAAUCAUGAAGCAUACAUUUUGUUGUUACAAGUCAAUAGAAGGUAUAUUGUAUGACUAACUGUAUGUCGGGUAUAUCACCCAUGAAGCAAGUUUCAAAAAUUUGUAAUUAUAUUCCCACAUUUGAAAUUUGAUUUUUAUCUUCUUCAGUUUAUACUCACUUUCCCAAUGAAUUAUUGGUCUGUUGGUGUGUGCUUAAGGUUUACAUUUUAUUUUUCAUUUUUUUUCAUCUUUAAUUACAAAUAAAUUGAAAAUGUAUCUCAAAUACAGUAUAGAGAUUUGAAUUAAUCAUGAGGGAUGAGGGAUGUACAGUGUAGUCCUGCAUAAUCUUAAUCUACUGCUUCAAAUAUUUCUGUUUUGAAUAUCUUGACAGUAAUAGUCUGGUGAAGGAGUUCUUUGAUUCUCGUCUGGACAUUGGUUUGAACAGUUACGAUAUCUGGAUGACUAGAUAGUGUAUGUCAAACACUUUAUCUUAUGGUGAAGGUCACUUUUUUUCUUCUGACAUAAUUAGGAACAAUUUCAAAAAAGUGUAAAUGCUUUAGUGUGUCAGCACUUAUGAGUUUCAAAGAAAUCAAUGUGUUUAGACCAUUGUUUCUUCAGAAGUAAAUAAGGUCGAUUAAAUUUUCAUUGAAAUCACUUUGGAAACCCUUGUGUUUCUUCAAAAAUCUAUAGAUUUGCACAAGUUUGAGUUUAGAAUGAAUUAAAUGUGUUGGGGGUCAGCAAGUCUCUACAGAAAUGAGUUUGUUACAACCACUUUAUACAUAUAUAUAUAUAUAUAUAUACAUAUAUAAUAAUAAAAAAACUCGACGACUGGCUUUCAAGCUAAUAAUAAAAAAACUUGACGACUGGCUUUCAAGCUAAUAAUAAAAAAACUUGACGACUGGCUUUCAAGUCGAGUUUUUUUUAUUAUUAUAUCUUUAUUCUUACUUUCACAUGGAAACAAACUAUUUUUUCACUAUAUAUACAUAUAUAUAGUUUUUAUGGAUGAAAUUAAUAAAUUAUGUUUGGAUAAUAAGUUUUUGGCCUUGACAUAAAUUUGUACAAAAGGCAAUGUGGGGUCCUACAUAAACCAACAUGUCCAGACCCAAGGGGUUUCACAACUGAAACAUAUUACCUGGUGUUGUAAAUCUUUGUCAAGAUAUGGAAGAUUAUAUAUUUGCUUUAGAAGCAUUAGAAUAUUGUAAGACAUCUCAUAUGUAGUUGUUAUUAUCAACUAGUUAACCUUUCCUUUGUUAUUAUAUUAAAUGGUUAUUUUUUUAACAUUUAUAGAAAAGUAUGGAGUAUCAUGCAGAUAGGGAUUCCCUUCGGUGUUGGUGGAAAUUAAACCAAAGAAUGAGAACAUUUUUCAUCCAUAGAAUUAGUCUGUUGUAGCUUUGCUCUAUAUUCAGGAACUUUACAGAAGUUGUUAAAUAUUUGUGUGUUGAUAUUGUAAAAUGAUAAAAUCAUGUUCUAUAAACAGUUAAUAAUCAGAUUCCCUGUGGUUGUGAUCUAUACUUGGCUGUUUACCCUGUCACUAGUUAUGAUUUCCCCUGGUCAUUAUUAGGAGAACCCACUUACUUAAGCAUUGAUAUUCUAUUUAUAUGUAGUGCUACAUGUUGACUUAAAUAUUAAGUAGUGAUCCUGUUAGAAUAUGUUGUAAGCUGUGUUGUGAGUCAUGUGUAAAAGGAGAUAGGCUCUAUAUGUAUGUUGUGUGACUGGACAUGUGAGUCAGUUGUAAGCUGUGUUGUGAGUCAUGUGUAAAAGGUGUAUGUUGUGUGGCUGGACAUGUGAGAAAAAAGUUGUCUCAUUCUUGUUUGAUUACCAUAAUACUGUUUUAGUUUAAACAUGUUUGUAUCGUCAUAUCUGGAAAAUAAGGAUUGUUAUAUCUGGGCAAUGAAAGGAUUGACACAGUUUAACUUAACUUCCAUUCUCCAUAAAUAUACAUAAUUUUGAAUUAUAGUACACAAUGGACAGCAGUGAAUAUAUUAUUAUAUAAGAGAAAGAAGAGGCAGGGAAAGGUAGGAUAUUUAUUUAUAUUGGUUACAAUGAUCUGUUGAUGAUACGUCCAAUCCUGUGAGCAUUCAUGUCGCUGUUUUAUAUGUAAGCUAUAAUCUCCCAUUAGCAGAAGUCUGUGAUAUUAAUGUCCAUGUAAUCAUGAGCAUAUGCUAUAGAUGUUACAUAUUUAUCUAUUUUAAAUGUUCAAUGUCAUUGUUAUUUCUUGAAUUAUUAUGUAUUCUUAGCUCCUAUGGUACAAAGUGUCUGAGCUUAUGCAAAAUGUUGUAUUGAUUUGUCUUGUUACUUGUCUUUAAAAUAAAUCCUAUAUAACCAUAA